GCGCUGAUUGGGGUUCACUAAAACACAAAGUGCUGAUUGGAAGGCUUUCGUUUCGACACAUUUUGAAUAUUGAAGUCUACAAUUGGGUGUGCUGUAAAUUCGAUCGCUGACGAUUGGUUGGGCUCAUCAGUCUUCUUGUUUUGGGCGGGCUUGAGAGGCGACCUGACAACAGCAACGAGAGCGUCAGGUUGCUAUGAUACUGAGACGCUUGUUCUUUGGGGAGAGGGGUUUCAGACAGAAAAGACACCAGAAGACAUGGCCAGCAAGAAAAAGGAGAUUGCUCUGCAGAUAAUUAUUAAUAACCAGGAACAAUGGGAAGAGGCCCUGUCUACAAAAGGACUUAUUGUGGUUGAUGUUUAUCAGGCUUGGUGCGGUCCUUGCAAAACGGCAAUCAGCUUGUUCCGAAAAAUAAAAAAUGAGCUAGGAGAUGACCUUUUGCACUUUGCAGUGGCUGAAGCAGAUAGCAUUGAUUCCCUUGAACAGUACAGAGGAAAGUGUGAGCCUACCUUCCUGUUUGUUGCAGGAGGAGGGCUGGUGGCAGUGGUAAGAGGCGCCAAUGCACCAUUACUACAGAGAACCAUCCUGGAGCAGCUGGAAGCAGAGAAGAAAGUCUUAAAUCAAGGUUUGGAACGUCUUGUGAUAAAAGAUGAGGCACUACAGGAGGAAGAAGAAGAGGCCGCUCUUCUCCCUGCACACACAGAAGAUGAAGAGUUAGUUCCAGCGGGUAAAUCCUAUACAGUGGCCAUUAUUAAACCUGAUGCAGUGGCUUAUGGCAAGGCGGAUGAGAUUAUCAUGAAGAUUCAAGAAGCUGGGUUUGAGAUUUUGGCAAACGAAGAACGUACUAUGACCGAAUCUGAGGCAAGAGACUUUUAUCAGCACAGAGCAGAAGAGGAGAAAUUCCAGGAGCUCAUCCAAUUUAUGUCAAGUGGUCCAUGUCAUGUUCUGAUUAUUUCUAAACCUGGAGACGAUGAGGAUGUGAUUCCAACAUGGCGAGAGUUCAUAGGCCCAACAGAUGUUGAAAUUGCUAAGAAGGAGAAACCUGAAAGUCUUAGAGCACAGUAUGGAACAGAGGUCUUAUAUAAUGCAGUACAUGGGAGCAAUGACAGAGAACAGGCUAGCAGAGAGCUGGCCUUCUUCUUCCCUAAUUUCAAAGAAUUACACAAAUCUACAGAUCAGCCUGGUGCCAGGAACCCAGAAAAAACAUUAGCCUUGAUCCGGCCAGAGAUUUUAAGGGAACGAAAAGAUGAGGUUUUGCAGAGUAUCCGAGACUCCGGUUUCUCUAUAGCGAUGCAGAAAGAAGUAAUGCUGACUGAGCAGCAAGUUCAUGAGUUUUACAAAGAGCACACUGACGAAGACUAUUACCCAGCCCUUCUACAGCAGAUGACCAGUGGUCCUGUACUAGCGCUGGCACUUGUGAAGGAACAUGCUGUCACUCACUGGAGGAAUCUACUGGGACCUGUCGAUAUAACUGAAGCCAUAAAGGAUGCACCAGACAGUUUACGAGCUCGGUUUACUACUAAUGACACUACCAUUAACCAGCUACAUGGGAGUUCAACAUUUGAAGAGGCUCAAAAGGAAAUAAGCUUUUUCUUCCCAGUUGAGCAGACUCUGGCGACAAUUAAACCUGAUGCAUUAGAGGAGCAUAGAGAUGAAAUCCUAGAAAGGAUCCAAGGUGCUGGUUUCACAAUCUCCCAAAUCAAGGAGACCAGCUUGAGUCGAGAGAUGGCUGAGGAGUUUUACAAAGAGCACAAGGGCAAACCAUUCUAUGAGCAGCUCAUUAACUACAUGUGCAAAGGUUCCUGUUUAAUGAUGAUCCUCAGCAAAGAGAAUGCAGUGCAGGAAUGGAGGGCACUAAUGGGACCUACUGACCCCAGUGAGGCUCAAAAAACCUCCCCAGAUUCCCUGCGGAGCAAAUUUGCAAAGAGCAUUCUGCAAAAUGCUGUCCAUGGGUCUUCAAGUCUGAACCAUGCCUCAGAAAAAAUACAGUUUAUAUUUGGAGAUAUUGAUCUAGAAAGAACCUUUGAAGAUUCAUUUAAUGAAAGUACCCAACAAAGCAGUAUAGGUGACAGCACACAGCACGAGGAGACCCCUGAAAUCACAGAGUCUGCAGAUGAUAAAGCAGAGACUGAGGAAGAAAAAGCUUGACCAUUAAUUAAUCUGUCAAUGAAUGUAUAGACCAGCAACUGUCUCCUCCUUGUUGUACCGGAAUCCAUAAAAAAGGACUUUCUACAAAACUAACAAAUGGCAUAUUAAACUUGACACCACUUCUUUCGAUUUAACUGUGGACAGCCAUUGUCUGACUGAUCCUUCUGUGGGAUUCUGAGAAGAUAUUGUAAACUUGGGAGAAAAAUGCAGAACACAAUGUUUCUCAAAACCUUUAAUUAUGAAAUUAAUGAGAAAAGUGUAUUGUCUACACCAGCAAAUCUCUGACUUUUCAGUAAAUAUAUAUACUGUAUAUUAUUCAUGUUUAGCUCCUUUUGUUAUUUCCUAUUUGCAUAUGCUAGAAUAUGAUGUGUAAUAAAGCUAAGGAUGAAGAGGUG